AUGACUUCGCCGCCCUCUUCUCUUCGUGAUUUCUACGCAGCUCCUUCCAACGCAUGGUCCUUUAUACCUCCUCUUGCUCCGGGUGCGCCUGAAAACUCUACAGGCUUAUACGAGUCGCCCUCUUCAUCAUCGUAUCAGUGGUCUACUCGCACCAACGCGAGCCCACUCUUCGAUCUCUCUACCGGCUAUGCCGAACAUGAUGCAGGUAUCAACGUCACGGUGGUCGUUAAAGGACUGCUUGCCACCGCAGCUAUGCAGUAUUGUACUACUGCCAUAACCAUGCCGUGGCAGGUUGGGAGGACGCUGUUACAGGUGCAGUGGGUUCCUCGGAAUACCGGAGAAGUCCCACCUGGCGCUGUGCUUGCUACGGACAUCGUUGACGAGGACGGCGAGCUCAGUGAUUCUUCCAAUGACAACGACGCAUAUUUCGCUGAUCUCAGCGAGCUGGAACCGGGGUCAACACACCGGCCACCACUGAGACCAGCUGACGAGCGUGGCUAUAUUGUCCGGCAGACAGUACUUGAGGAAGGGACAAUACCGGAAUACACCAUUCCCGUUGGGACUACAGAUGGUACUUGGAGUAUGAUCAAACAACUCCGACGUUUUCGAGCUGAGGGUUUGCUCACCACUGUGGUCACCGAUGCGCUCUCGGCCGGCUUGCGUCCCAUCUGCUCCAGUUUUCUCCAGGCCACAUUCUCUCCUCUCUACCCCAGCCUAUCAUCUGCUCCACCCAACCUAUCAUCAAAUCCGCUCUUUCUCCCUGUAGCCUCACAUGUCCUCACAGGCCUCUUACUCUCUCCCUUAGACCUAAUUAGGACACGACUCAUUGUUCAGUCUGCACAUCCGCGCUACCGCACAUAUUCCGGUCCUCUCGAUGCCCUCGGCCAGAUUCUAACGCAUGAGGGCGGUUUCCGCGGAAUCUAUCUUCACCCACAUCUCCUCAUCCCGACCUUACUCGAUUGCACGCUACGUGCGCUUGUCCCGCUCGUCCUUCCCGGCUUCAUUGCGUCCCAUCUUGGCUUUGGCGUGAAUCUCACUCCCGAGACUCAUCCGUUAUUGUGGACGCUUACGACCCUGGUGGGCGAUUGCGCGAGUUUCCUAAUCACGCUCCCGUUCGAGACCGUAAGAAAACGACUACAAGUGCAGGUACGUGGCACGGCAAAGCCGUUGCGAGCAUGCGUCGAGCUGCGACCAGCACCCUAUAAUGGCGUGGUGGAUGCAAUGUGGCACAUUGUCACUGAGGAACGCUCGGACUUGCCCAUUAAAUCCAAGAACCAACGACGGAAAGCCGAAAAUAAGGACAGGGACAAAGAAGCAGAUGCCGCUAUCGAGGAGAAUGCGAGCUGGUUGCGUAACACCGGCAUCGGUCAGCUGUAUAGAGGGUUGGGGAUCAGAGUAACGGCGAGCUUGGUCAUGUUCGCACUAGCAGUAAUCGGAGGCGAUGAACCUGACGCUGGAUGGGCGGAGCUGUAA